UCCCGGGCCCGUGAACUCCACCGCCCGCCUCCCGCACUCACAGGCCGGAGGACCACGCGCCCGCUGCUGCCGGCCUCCCGGCGUGCCCAUGAUCACCCUGUGCCUUUCGGCUGUGCGAGGCCUCCACAGAGCUGGUGGUUCCAGGAUUCUGCUGAGAAUGACGUUGGGAAGAGAGGUGUCGUCUCCUCUUCAGGCUGCGUCUUCCUACACUGCCACUGGCAGGAACGUUCUAAGAUGGGACCUUUCUCCAGAGCAGAUCAAGACAAGGACAGAAGAGCUCAUCACACAGACCAAGCAGGUGUAUGACGCUGUGGGGACAAUCAACCUGAAAGAAGUAACUUACGAGAACUGUUUGCAGGUGCUGGCCGAUAUAGAAGUGAAGUAUAUAGUGGAAAGGACCAUGCUGGACUUCCCUCAGCACGUGUCAUCUGACAGAGAAGUACGGGCUGCGAGCACAGAGGCAGACAAAAGACUUUCUCGUUUUGAUAUCGAGAUGAGCAUGAGAGAAGAUAUAUUUCAGAGAAUUGUCCAUUUAUACGAAAACUGUGAUUUGGAGAAGAUAAAGCCGGAAGCCAGGCGAUACUUGGAAAAGUCAAUUAAAAUGGGAAAAAGAAAUGGACUCCAUCUUUCGGAACAAGUAAGAAAUGAAAUCAAAUCAAUGAAGAAAAGAAUGAGUGAACUGUGCAUUGACUUCAACAAAAACCUCAAUGAGGAUGACACUUUCCUUGUGUUUUCCAAGGCUGAACUUGGUACUCUUCCUGAUGACUUCAUUGACAGUUUAGAAAAAACAGAUGAUGACAAGUACAAGGUUACCUUAAAGUAUCCCCACUAUUUUCCUGUCAUGAAGAAAUGUUGUAUCCCUGAAACAAGAAGGAAGAUGGAAACAGCUUUUCAUACAAGGUGCAAACAGGAAAACACUGUAAUUCUGCAGCAGCUCCUCCCGCUUCGAGCACAAGUGGCCAGACUUCUCGGUUAUAACACCCAUGCCGACUUUGUCCUUGAACUAAACACUGCAAAGAGCACGAGCCAUGUGGCAGCCUUUCUAGAUGAUUUAAGCCAGAAAUUAAAACCCUUGGGUGAGGCAGAACGGGAGUUUAUUUUGAGCUUGAAGAAGAAGGAAUGUGAAGAGCGAGGCUUUGAAUAUGAUGGAAAAAUCAAUGCAUGGGACCUCCAUUACUACAUGACACAGACAGAGGAGCUCAAGUACUCAGUGGACCAGGAGUUCCUCAAGGAAUACUUUCCCAUCGAGGUGGUCACCGAAGGCUUGCUGAGCAUCUACCAGGAGUUGUUGGGACUUUCAUUUGAGCAAGUGGCAGAUGCUCAUGUUUGGAAUAAGAGUGUUUCACUUUAUACUGUGAAGGAUAAGGCUACCGGAGAAGUGCUGGGACAAUUCUACCUGGACCUUUAUCCAAGGGAAGGAAAAUACAACCAUGCAGCCUGCUUUGGUCUCCAGCCAGGCUGCCUUCUCCCUGAUGGCAGCCGGAUGAUGUCUGUGGCCGCCCUGGUGGUUAACUUCUCACAGCCGGUAGCAGGCAGGCCCUCUCUCCUGAGACACGAUGAAGUGCGGACUUUCUUCCAUGAGUUCGGUCAUGUCAUGCAUCAGGUUUGUGCACAGACUGACUUUGCACGAUUUAGUGGAACAAAUGUAGAAACUGACUUUGUAGAGGUACCAUCACAAAUGCUGGAGAAUUGGGUGUGGGAUACUGAAUCGCUGCGGAAACUGUCAAAACAUUAUAAAGAUGGAAGUGCUAUCUCAGAUGACCUGCUUGAGAAGCUGGUUGCUUCCAGACUGGUCAACACAGGUCUCCUGACGCUUCGCCAAAUUGUUUUGAGCAAAGUUGAUCAGUCUCUCCAUACCAAUGCGUCGCUGGAUGCUGCGAGUGAAUACGCUAAAUACUGCACAGAAAUUUUAGGAGUUGCAGCUACACCAGGCACAAAUAUGCCAGCUACUUUUGGACAUUUGGCAGGAGGCUAUGAUGGCCAAUAUUAUGGAUAUCUUUGGAGUGAAGUCUUUUCCAUGGACAUGUUUCACAGCUGUUUUAAAAAAGAAGGGAUCAUGAAUCCAGAGGUUGGAAUGAAGUACAGAAACCUAAUCCUGAAACCUGGGGGAUCUCUGGACGGCAUGGACAUGCUCCAGAAUUUCUUGCAACGUGAGCCAAACCAAAAAGCAUUCCUAAUGAGUCGGGGCCUGAAUGCUUCCUAGACCAGGGAUCCUGGGAGCCAUCCAUGUCUGGAGGACAAAUCAACACCGCCAUGUGGUGCUGGCCUGGAGACUGAAGGGAGUUUUACAAAUGAAAACUUAGAUUUCUAUUGAUUUGCUUUUGUUUUUUUUUAAUUUUAAAAAUUAUACAGAUGUAAAUGGAAUUAUAAAUACUGUGACCUAAGAAAAAACCCACUAAAAAUAACUGUACUAUAAAAUUUCAUAAAAAUGGAUUUGAUUUCUUUUGAUAAAAGUUUCAUAUGAAUGUAAUUUGAUUUUUUUACUAUUAUAAUCUAGAUAAUAUAAUGUAAGAGGGCUAAGAAUUUUUUAAUUGAAUCACAAACAUGAUAUAAUUUGAUCCUUCUUAUAUCUUGAAGUUUUAUACUUGAGAUUUCUGGACUGAUAAUGAAUCAUCACAUUCUCUCUGGUAAAUAUUCUCUCGGCGCCCUUCUUCAACUUUGACCCUGUGCCUCACAGCUAAGUGUCAGCUGACCUUUGCCUGCACAUCUCAAGGCCAAUGGAAUAUGCCUCAGUAAUGCAUUUAUCUUUUGUACAGUGGGCUCACUGAUUCUCAGCUUUCUGUCAAACUUUCAUGUUUCUCCACUUAGAUUUAGGUUCUUUUUUUCUAUCUCUCUCUAAAGUUCACGUUCAGCUCAGUUCUCAUGUUUCUAACAAGGGAUUAUGACCUUGCCUCCCUUACUGGCCACCUCCCUGGAGCAGCAGGUAGACAAGUCACAGUGUGUUAAAGUGCUGAGGGAGAACAGCAGAGUGGAGCUAAGAGCUUUAAACACUCCUGAAGAGGUGGGUUGACAUGGAGCGUUUGAGAACAAUCGCUCCCUAGUGUUAUGUGGGCAAAUGAGCUGUGGAGAAAGGCUCUUCAGUAGCCUGCUUCAUAAGGUGAUUUUGAAGUGAACCUCCAGAUCUGUAACUUUUUUUUUACUGGGGCCUAAAUUUCCAAUUCAGCAGCAGACUAGUAAACUCACACCAUUUUAUUUUAGCUCUGGGAGUCUACUCAAAAAGGAAACCAAGUAGGAGACUGAGAAGCAAAUGUAAAUGAGCUGAGAAUGGACUUUGCAGGGUCUUUGAGUCGUUUUCCUAACACAUAUGUGAGGAGUGACUUUGCUGGCUGGGGACAAAAUUAGAACCCUACUGUUCUCUAGACCAAGUGGACUUUGUGUUAAAUAAAAUGUUACGUUGUGUAAUAAAGACACACACCAGGGAAUGCCAAGGACUUGCAUCCAGAAGGAAAGCCCGUUUUUCUGCAGUUUGAUUUGGUUUUUGUGAUGCAGGGCAUCAAACCUCCAGCUUCUUCACCCACACUGGGCAAGUGCUCUGCUCUCCCCAGCUGUUUUUAUGAUGGUCUUAGAAUCUCUGGAAGCUUCUGAAUCUUUGCUCCCCAUCCCCAAUUUUUGUUUUCCACUUUCAGACAAAAGAAAAAUGAAAAAAAAACUCUCUUCAGCUUUUUCUGUUAUUGCCCAGUGUGUCUCCUUCAGAAUAACUUUAUCAUAAAUCUUAUUUCACUUGGAAAAGCUAAUAGUUGGUGUAUAAAAGACUGCACACAAUAAUAAAGUUAGAUCAUUGUCCACGAGAACAAACUCA